CCUUGCGAUACACCAUCGCGGGCCCACAAGUUCACUGUCCGUCGGCUUCCUACUGACACCGUCUGACUCCCUCUAUCGGUCUAUCACCACCUACUUUGUCUGAUUCACCACAUUUUGAUCCUUGACUGCCUCCCAUGCCCUCCUCAUCAGCCCUCCUCAUUCGCGCACCCGACGCCGAGAAGCCCGACCGGUACGAGAGUGCAUUCGCAGAGGCAGGAUUCGCUGCAGCUUCCGUCGCUGCACUCGAUACGGGCUUCGUCAACGAUGACAGUCUGGACGCUGCUAUCCGCGAGCGGGCGUCCGAGUUUGACGGCGUCAUCGUAACGAGCUCACGCGCGUGCGAGGCGUGGAAGCGUUCGGUGCAGCGACUGUAUCCGAGCCAGGAGCACUCACCAACAAAUGAGAAUGGCUGGGCGACCACCCCCUUCUACGCGGUUGGGCGUGCUACUGCCGUCGCGUUACGCACCAUCGCUGACUCCCCCGCCGCACCGCGCGACAUCCGCGGCGAGGAGUCUGGAACUGGAGAGCAGCUCGCUCGCUUCAUUGUCGAGGACAUUCGCAAGGAUGAUGCGGAGCGGGGCCAUCCAGCGCGCUUGCUAUACCUCACUGGAGACAAGAAUCGAGAUACUGUGCCCAGCAUCCUGACUGAGGCGGGCAUCUCGUUCGAGCCGCUGCAAGUGUAUGGAACUUGUGGGGCACCGGAUUUCGAGCAAAGGCUGGACGAGGCGCUGGCAGAUCUUCCGUCAGACACGACAGAGCAAUGGGUCGUCUUCUUCGCUCCCUCCUCGACCGACUUCGCCUUGCCGUAUCUUCAUGAGCGCUUCGAGCUCAGACGAGAGGUUGCCUCAUUAUCGGGUACACAGAAGGCAGCACGUAUCGCCGCCAUUGGGCCUAUGUCCUCUGAACAUAUAUCUCGCGAACGUCAUCUACAUGUAGACGCAGUCGCGUCGAAGCCAUCCCCUGCACAGCUGGUCGAGGCGAUACGUACCGCUGCUGCGAUGUCUCCCUAGAUACAACAUUUCUAUUUCCACUUCCUGUAUCAACUAAUCUCGUACAAACUUGCUGUACCAGUUCUUAUGGCACCUAGCUCUGCCAUACGAUCUCUCGAAGUCACCGCUGGUGAAC